AUGACUGUGCAUAUCCGCCGCGCCUCCUCCAUUCCAACGACUUUCACUUUUCCCCUUUCAGAAAACUUAACAUCCCCCACCCACCCCCAAUCCCGAAUCCCUGGCCCGCCCCUCCCCGCGAGGGUCCGGAAGUCGACCCGGGACGCCGGGCCNGCGCCCCCCGUCGGCCUCUCUGCCCUCCCGCCACCACCGGGCCCCUGCGGAGCUCGCCUCGGCCCCAGACCCGCACCGCACCCCGGCCCGCCGCGGCGUGGACGCCGGGUCAGCAAAGGGUUAAGGAGCUCGCUCCCUCCCCUGGGCUCCCUCACCCUUGGAAAGUCCCCGCAAUGA